GGUCUUCUGCCGAGCCUGGGGGGAUGAUCUGUGUGUGUGUGAGCUGGUGUCCAGAGUGUGUGAGGCGGGAAGAGAGUCGCGCGCAGACAGAGUCAGAGUGUAGUGUAGAGUAGUCCCGGUCAGCAUGAGUGUGUAGCGCGCGCGGAUCGCACUGAAAUCUUACACUCUCACUCACUUACGCACGAACCCACGCGCGCGCGCGCGAACGAGCCGGUGGACUGAUGACGGCUAAUCCGAUUAUCUAGCAGGGCAGCAGACGCGCGCGCCUCAGCCCCGAAGAACUGAAGACCCACCUGCCUCCAGCAUGAACUCCCACACCUCCACCCUGCUGCUGCUCACCCUGCUGCACGCGCUGCACACUGUCCAACCGUCCCAGUUCCCAUCCUCUCUCAUGAUAAAGGAGUGGGUGGAUCAGAUGCAGCAGGAACUGGUCAAUCUGGCAGAUAUGGCCAGCGCAGGGAAGAGCCUAGCACAGAUUUAUAUGGAUAAUCAGAAUCUCUUCACCCUGGAACCCAACAAUGCAGGAAAGCUGGUGGAAGAUGCAGCACGGAAUAUAGAAAACUUCUUAAAGAAGCGUGCGAAAGCUCUGGAGGCUCUGGCAGCUGCUGCCGAAACCUCCCAGAUGGAGCAUCAAUGGAAGGAUGAGUUUGCAGACGAGGAGAUAGUCUAUUUCAAUGCCAAGGACAAUCUUGACGCUAAUGAGACACAAGAAGGGAGGAUACACCGGAUCAGACCGGAUUUUAAGGAGGAUCCCUCAUUUAAAAAUCGCCUUAUAUCCUACAACCAUUCGGCUGUGCACAUCCCAACGGACAUAUAUGACGGCUCUACCAUCGUUCUUAAUGAGUUGAACUGGACUGAAGCAUUGGAGGAUGUGUUUAAGAAGAACCGGGAAGAGGACCCAACUUUACUCUGGCAAGUGUUCGGCAGUGCUACUGGACUUGCCCGCUAUUACCCUGCUUCUCCUUGGAAGGAUGCCAGGAAGACACCAAGUAAAAUCGACCUGUACGAUGUCCGUCGCCGACCCUGGUAUGUACAGGGCGCUGCCUCUCCUAAGGACAUGCUGAUUCUGGUGGAUGCGAGCGGCAGUGUGUCUGGAUUAACUCUCAAACUCAUCCGAACAUCCGUCAGCGAGAUGCUGGAGACGCUCUCUGAUGAUGACUAUGUAAAUGUGGUGAAUUUCAACACCAGAGUGAACAACACUGCGUGCUUCGACCAUCUGGUCCAGGCCAACGUACGCAACAAGAAGAUUCUGAAAGACGGCGUGCAGAACAUCACAGCGAAGGGCAUCACAAACUACACAAAGGGCUUCGAAUUUGCCUUCAAACAGCUCUCAGAUCCAAAUGUGACCAGAGCAAACUGCAACAAAAUCAUCAUGCUGUUUACAGAUGGAGGAGAGGAGCGAGCUCAGGAGAUCUUCUCCAGAUACAACCCUAAAAAAAAGGUUCGCAUAUUCACAUUCUCUGUUGGCCAGCAUAACUAUGACACAGGGCCCAUACAGUGGAUGGCCUGCGCCAAUAAAGGUUACUUCUAUGAAAUCCCUUCUAUUGGAGCCAUCCGCAUUAACACGCAGGAGUAUCUGGAUGUCCUGGGCAGACCCAUGGUCCUGGCUGAUGCUAAACAAGUGCAGUGGACCAAUGUCUACCUGGAUGCUUUGGAGCUGGGUCUGGUCAUCACAGGCACCCUGCCUGUCUUCAACAAGACCAGUUCCGAGGACGGUUCCCGCAAACAGCACCAGAACCAGCUGAUUCUGGGAGUGAUGGGUGUGGAUGUGUCUCUGGACGACAUUAAAAGACUAACUCCACGCUUUACUAUCGGCCCUAAUGGUUAUUAUUUUGCGAUUGACCCCAAUGGCUAUGUGCUGCUCCACCCAAACCUCCAGCCAAAGAAGAGGAUGCGUAAUCGACACAUCAGGUUAAAAAACAAAUACGCAAUAACGUAUCAUGAGGAACCUGUGACUCUGGACUUCCUGGAUGCUGAGCUUGAGAAUGAUAUUAAAGUCCAGAUCAGAACAAUGAUGAUUGACAGGGUUCCUGGCAAUAAGACGAUUGACACACUGGUGAAGACUCAGGAUGAGAGAUACAUAGAUCGAGGAGUGAGGACUUAUACGUGGGCGCCGGUUAAUGGCACAGACUACAGCUUGGCCUUGGUUUUGCCCGAGUACAACAUGCACUACAUCGAGGCAAGCCUGGGGGACCUAAAUCAAGCCAAGUUCUUUGAGACUAUGCAAGUGGAGAAAUUUGAGGAGAACGGCUACACCUUUAUUGCGCCCAGGGAAUAUUGCCAGGACCUGAAAAUCACCUCUAACAACACUCAGUUCCUGAUGGACUUCAACCAGUACAUUGACAAGAGAACACCUAGUGACCCCAUGUGUAAUUUGACUCUAGUCAACAGGCUUUUGCUGGACGCUGGACUCACGGCUGAGCUGGUCACACUCUGGAAGAAACAGCCUAUAGAAGGAGUGUUAGCCAGAUUUGUGGCUACUGAUGGUGGCAUCACCCGGGUUUACCCUAAAAGUGGUGGAGAGGAGUGGACGGAAAAUGCAGAAACCUUCGACUCCAGCUUUUACAAGAGGAGUUUAGACAAUGACAUCUACAUCUUCACUGCCCCCUAUCUCAACAAGAGCCGGGAGUCCAGCUACGAGUCUGGUAUUCUGGUCAGUAAAGCUGUGGAACUGGACUUCAGAGGGGUUAAACUCAAACCAGCUGUGGUGGGAGUCAAACUCAAUGUGUCCGCCUGGAUGAACAGCUUCAUGAACGCUACCAUGAAGAUAAACUGCAAAGAUGAGAUCUGCGGCUGCCUCAGGAAUGAUAAGCACGUGGACUGUGUGAUUCUGGACGACGGGGGCUUCCUGCUCAUGUCCAAUCAGGAAGAGUACAUCACACAGAUAGGUCAGUUUUUCGGUGAGGUGGAUCCUGUGCUGAUGAUCAGUCUGGUGAACACUUCACUUUACUCGUUCAAUAAAACCUACGACUAUCAGUCUGUGUGUGAUCCUGAGAGGGAAACCAAAGCUGCUUCUGGACCCAGAUCUGUAUAUGUGCCUACUAUCGCAGACAUGCUAAGCGUGGGCUGGUGGGCCUCCACUGCGGCCUGGUCGAUGCUGCAGCACCUCCUACUCACCCUCACUUACCCCAGCUUCCUUGAGGCAGCUUAUUCGGAGGAGGACACCUCUGAUGCGUAUUCCAAAGAAAGCUGUAUAACAGAGCAGACUCAGUACUUCUUUGAGAAUGAUAACAGGUCAUUCCAAGGUGUGCUGGACUGUGGAAACUGCUCCAGAAUGUACCGUGCGGAGAAGCUUCCCAGCACAAACCUGGUGUUUCUGAUCACUGAUGCUAAGAGCACCUGCCUUUCCUGCGACCCCAAACCACUGAAACAAGCGGAGCAGCCCUCCAUUGGACCAGAUCCAUGUAUGCUGGCCCAGAAUCCACGCUACAGGAAAGGUCCUGAUGUCUGCUUUGACAACAAUGAUGAUGAGGAUGCAUCUGACUGCGGUGGCGGCUGCAGCUUGACCCCCUCUCUCUUACACGUGCUGGCCCUUCAGCUCCUGCUGCUCUGGCUGCUUAGUGGACCCAGAGGCUGCUCAUCCUGACAAACCCACGACAUCUGAGCGAAGUCCACCGAUUGACCAUUCACACAGUUUAACCAGCACAUACACAACCACUGGAUUCUUCACACAUGACCAGCUGCUGUUACAGCUUCAUUCUGACCCGGUGUGCAGCCACAGCCGAACUGCAGUGCAGACACGGACCUCAGAAUCGGACGUGUUUUAAAACAGAGACCGAACGUUCUGAGGCGUCAUUCACAGAGACAAUAUCUGAGAUAUAUUGGAAACCCUGGCACACCCAUCUCCCUACACACUACAUGUAUAUCCAGUGCCAGAGACGAGCCGAAAGGAGAGGAGUGUGUGUAUGUGUCUGCAGUGAGAGGCCUCUUAGAGUGCCCUGCCCAGGUCUUUCCCAGCCAGACGAAAAGAGAGAGAGACAUGCUGUUCUAGUGGAGAGAUCAGAGUUAACUGGGUCAGGUUCGUACUCAGACACGAUUGGGUUCCACCCAGGCACUUGAAGUCCUCUAGAAAAAGAGGAGAAAGAACUAUUAUUCUACAAAAGAGCUGCAUUUCUCUUGUCUGCUUUUUUAUUUUUUCGUUUUUUUUUUGUUUUUUUUUUUCAACUAGUAUCCUUUCAUUUCUCUUUGAAGUCACUUAACAAAAAAGAAAAAACACACACAAAAUGCUUGGACCUUGAAAUUGCCACUGCCGUGCUUAAAAAAAAGAGAGAGAAAGCGAAAGAAAAGGCCGUUCCCAGCAAAUGUAGCUUAGUCUUUUCUUUUUCGCUGUUUUUUUUGCUCAUUUGUUCUCCUCAUUUGUUUUCUGUUGUUUUUAUCUUCCCUUCGUUUCUUGUCUUUUAUUCUCUUUUCAUUUUAGAUUCAUUUACGAUUUCUUUUUGCCUGUUUCUGCUGCACUAUGUAGUUUAAGUAGUUAGAAGCUUGCAGAUCUGAUCUGAUCUGAUCUGAUAUGAUCUUGGUUUGAUCCCCAAAUCUGAAUAUCCUUGAUCUCGACUUAAUCAAGCAAAAAGAAAGUGAGAAAAUGAAGAAGAGUAAAAAGCCACAGCACACACUGACUCUGUGUGGGAAGGUUUUUUUUUUUUUUUUGGUAUGCUGUAAUUCAAAUGUGCAUCAACAGAGCAAAUUUGAAUGAAGAAUGAAGAAAAAUAUGCUAUUUGAAUAGGAUUCAGAGAACCUUUAGCACAGGACUUUGAUUCUGGCAGAAGUCAAACGAACCCAUGAGUCCCAUGGCUCAAGUUGAAUAUGCUGCAUGUUUGUUUUUAUUAUAGUCUUUUUUUUUUUCUUCUUCCAAUCUCCUGGCCCGAGCUACUGGGCCAUUGUGUGUUUUAUUGUCCGUCAUCCAGAUACUUGAUCCACCAGAACUGGUUCCAACACGAGUUUACCAUGAUAUCAUGUCGGACGUCCAUUAUUUUAGACAUGCGAAUUGCUUUCUUUAUGUGAAGCACAGUUGCAGUGACAUGCCAAAUUCUGAACAGCGCUCGCUUUUCUUCUCGUGUCCAGUGUCCAGGAGAAACCCUUGGGGCAUUUUCUAGAAAUCCUGGAGGCGGCGUACUUAAAGCAUUUAUUUAUUUAAAUGAUUAGCUUGAAUAUAGUUUGUUUUACAGAUUAAAACAGAUGCGGAAUACAAUAGCUGAUCGUUAUCCCAACCAUAUUACCAAGGUUCCCAAUUGCAGUUCUACACUCUAUGCCAGAGGUCUAUAACCUUUUUUGGAGAGCUUUCCUUCUUGUAGACUUUGCAUUCAAUGAGAUCCAGCUAAUAACAGCCUUCUGAAGUCGUAGAUUGGCUUAAAGAAUCAUACGGGAAUCUGACAGCUCAGCUUUUGCUUACUCUCUAGUUGCUGAGUAUAAACCCCAAUUGGCCCAAAGUCUCAGACCAAUUCUUUCACUAUCUAGAGUAGUAGUAGUAGUAGUAGUAGUAGUAGUAGUACUGUAUAUGAGGAACCAGUUAACCAGGUUAGGAUCUCUUCAUUGAACUGCUGAGGUGCCACUGCCUACCCUAAAGAACAUCUGAUAUCUCCAUUGUUUAGAGUGCCUAUUUAAAAGAGUGUUGUUGGACUUCUCAAAAUCCCUGCCAUUUUUAAUCCAUAUAACUGAAAUACUGCCUUCAUCUGUUCUCAAUUGGCUGAGUGGGAUGUGUUAGAUUUGGAUUGGAGAUGAAACCUUCAUGAAGGAAGGAAGCUAGGUCCUCAGGAGGAAGGUUGAAGACCUCUAUUCUAGGUACAAAUGUUUCUGUUUAGUUGAUAUCAUACCAAUAGUGAAACCUUUGUUGAAGAAUGUUGUAGGAACUCUUUUCUUUAUUGGUUUAUUUCUAAUUUGGAAGGUCAAUUAACCAAUCCUCGUUCAUAUCGUUGUUGUCCAAUGAAAAACAAGCAUCUCUAUUUUUGGGCAAGUUACUACAUAUUUUAAACAGACAAACUUCUCUUUUACAUUGUUCCAAAAUUUAUUGGUGAACAAACUAAUAGAAAUACUCCAAAAUUAAAAUUAUCUCUUUUUGCAUUGACUUCCAUUUAGAGUUUAGAAGAUUUUUUUUCUCUUUUUCCUGUAGAGUUGCUGUUUUGGAGAUGCUUCAUUGGACAGCGACAAUAUGAUUUUAUUUGGAGGAACCAUUUUUUGAUCAGGCAAAGGACCAUUUAAGCGUUAAAGUUUAUUUCAGUUCAUAUAGAACCACUGCCUUUGUAAGGGUGCUUAUUUUAAAAAGUGCAAUGUUUGACUGCUUUAAAUCCCUGCUAUUUCUAAACCAUAGAACCAAAUUACCGUCUUCACACAUCCUUGAUUGGCUGGGUAAGUGUCGUCAGUAUGGGUUGGAUUGAAAUGUCUUCAGGAGGAGGGUUGAAUGCCAUUGCUCUAAGAAGCUAUAUAUAGAAGCUCUUUAACAAAAAAGUUUUGGGGUUGUGGGGAACCAUUUAUUAACCAGGCACUGAAUUGUAUGAACCCCUCACCCGCCUUUUUUUAAGGGUGCUUAUUCAAAAGAGUACAAUGUUUGACUGCUUGAAAGCCCUGCCACUUCUAAACCAUAGAAGCGAAUAGGCUACUGCCAGCAGCAGCAGCAUUAAAGUGAGUCAUUACAAGCUUUUCCUACUGCGUCCACAAACUCGAGCACACGACGACUGCAGUGAACUCCAUGUACAUGUACUUCUUCUUUUUUUAACAUUUGGAUUAGACAUAUUCGCCGAGGCUGCGCUGAAGCCGUCGUUUUGUCACACACUAAUAACGUUAAACAAUGCUGAAUGUUUCAGGUGAAAAGUUCACGUGUCAAAGUGAUUGCCAAAUGUGUGUGAAAUACGGCGUAUUGAGUUGUGCUUUUCAUGAAUGUGUAGCAUAGUGAGGAGGGCGGGUUACGUUUGGCCGGUGGAGGCUUGGCUGCAAACUCGGACAGGUUUCCCACGAGUGAACUCAUUUCCUAAUGUGUCUACGGUAUCAUGUAGCAUCACAUGUGCAUCCUGUGCUCUUCUCUUCUGAAUCUCCAAAAGCAUUUUUGUUUUUUAUGGGUCUAGUAAUGUCUCGACUCAGGCCUGCGGUGUUGGUGGAUGUCACAGCAUAGCAUGUCUGCAUUCGAAGGCUUUUUUUUAAGGUCUUGGAUGCGUGGUCCCACAUGAGCCACGGAAAACAGAGUGGGCACGCCUUGGUGCCCUGUCUAAGUUCUAUGUAUAUAGGCUUAUCUAAUGAACGUAUAUGUACGUAUAUGAACACUGCGAGCUUUGUCUUUUACUGUGUGGUGUGCAAAUACAUCCUACGUUUUGUCCAAAAAAAAAAGGAAGACUUUCCGAAGGUACCAAAUCGCAGGUCAGAUAAAGCUUGAACUUGUUGUUGAAGUUGUUCGGCAGUGCCUAUAGGAACUUUGAUUUGAACCAUAACAUACCAGAGAUCAAAGAUCAUGUGGGAAUUACAUUGUACCAUUUUUGCUAUUAUAGGAGAGGAUACAAUUCAAAGCUGGGAAUUCAACUUGGAAAAAAGUCUGCUUUUCCAAUACCUUUCCAAUUUAUGCUUCUGCGUUGAAUCAUAGCCUAAGUCAUAGACUACAUGUAUUGGUGUAUCCUAUGCAUGAGACUACAUCGUAGCCUAUGCAUAGCUGCAUACAGUAUGCUGUAGCUGCAUACCCUGCACUGUAGCCUAUGCAUAGCCGCAUACCUUAUACUAUAGCUAACACAUAGCCACGUACCUUAAACUGUAGCCUACACUGCACUACACCAUAGUCCACACCUUUAGCUUCACACCCUAUGCUGUAGGCUAAUAUUUAGCUUACUUUUAGACACACCCUACACCUUAGCUUACAUGUAGGCGCAUACCUUACACUGUAGCCUAUGUGUAGCUGCCCUUUCUGUGCAAUAGCCUACAUCAUAGCCUAUGUGUAGCCACAUACCUUAUACUAUAGCCAAUGCAUAUCCACAUACCCCAAGCUUUAGCCUACACUGCACUCUACAUGUAGCUGUAUACCCUACACCAUAGUCUACACCUUAACCUAUGCUUAGAUUUAUACCCUAUGCUGUAGGCUAGACUUUAGCUUACUUGUUGACACAUACCCUAUACCCUACACCUUAGUUUACGUGUAGGUGUAGAUGCAUACCGUAGCCUAUGUGUAACUGCCCCCUUACACAAUAGCCUAUAUCACAGCCUGUGUAGCCAUGUUCUUUACACCAUAGUGCAUGUAUAGCCACGUACUGUAAGUUGUAGCCUACACUGCACUAUAUGUGCAGCCGCAUAGCCUACACCGUACCCUACACACAGUCACAUACAAUAUGCUCCAAAAUAGCCGCCCACCCAACGCAAUAGCCUACGACGUCGCCUAUGCAUUGCGAUAUAUGCUAUGCUGUGGCCUAUGCAUAAGCCAAGAUGUAGGGUAUGCACCAACACACAAGCUAAGGUGUUGGUUUUCCAUAUCGCCCCUAUCCAAUGAAAAACAAGUAUCUCCAUUAAGUUGAACAGACAAACAAACUGUCCCUUACAAUGAGCCAAAAUGUCUUGAUGAACAAUAGACAUAGACCAAUAGAAAUACUUAAAAUGUUUACAUUUUUACAUUGACCUUUAUGAAAAGUUUCCAGAGAAGGUUUUUUCUUUCUCCUGUAAAUUUGCUUUUUUAGAGAUACCUGUUUUUCAUUGGGCAACAACGAUGUAGGUGAUGAAGGUUAGGUGUGGGGUACAGCAUAGGGUAUUAAGCUAAGCAUAGGUUAUGCUGUAGGCUACAUCUUAGCUUAGUCAUAGAUGCAAACCCUGCACCGUAGCUUAUGUGUAGCUGUCCACCCAAAGCAGUAGCUUAUGACGUAGCCUAUGCAUUUCGCCAUAAACUUUGCUGUGGCCUACGCAUAGCUGUAUAGCCUUUGCCAUAGCCUUCGUGGUGUAGCCCUUACCCUGCAUACCCUACACCACAGCCUACACAUAGCUGCAUACCCCACACUGUAGCCUACACUGUUGCUUAUGGAUUAUGUAUAGCCUAUAACCUACAUUGUAGCCUAUAUGUAACUAUAUAACCUAUACCUACAGUAGCCUACAACAUACCUUAUGUCGUAUUCCAUACCUGCUGUGCACUUCUCCAAAAUAUAAUGACUCAUUUAAGAGAUGCGCAUUGCAGCAGGCGUGAUUGGUCUGCUGAGCAUUGUAUUCCCACACUCCCACAAUGCCACUUGCACAGGCUAUGUUGUAGACUCUGUGUUUACUCGAUGCAGAAGUGUAAAUCGGACUUUAUUCCUGGUUAAUUUGCAGAGCUUGCAUAAGUUCAUUACCAAAGUAUAGUUUCACGUCAUAACAGAUCAAUAAAUGUCACAUCCACAAGAGAAAAGAAUCGGCAUCUGUAUAUCUAGGGAUUCCUGGGUUUCCAUAACAGAAUUCCACUUCACAUAAGAGGAAAUGAUUGAAAUUGAAUGUUCCCGUUGUUACAGAGUGCAUCCACACCUCACUACAGCUCAUAAUAAAAAAGAUAGAUACUGUGUAACACGGAGAACACCUGCAUGUAUUACUAAAAAAAAAAAAAUGUGUCUACGCAAAGCAUCCGAGCCCCCUUAUGUAAAGUGGGACCAGAAGAUGUUUUGUUUUUAAUUGUUGGGUUUGUUUAUAUGUACGUACGCGUGUGCGUAUGUAUGUGUGUAUGUGUGUGUGUGUGUGUGUGUUUUCUGAAUGCUGCUGUCGGCUGCUGCGCUGUCCUGUCGGGCUGCUGUGUGUCCGUGCUCCGGGAAGUUCCGGAACGUGCCGCUGGUGCUGAUAAUGAUGAUGCUCAAUGUGCCGAAGAGGGUCUCUGAGAUCAUGCUUUCUUUCUGGAGUGUUUCUUGAAGUCACUCUUAACGCGUGUUUGCCGGUGUUGGAGGCGUGGCCUGUGCAUCCGUAGCCCCGCCUAUCUUUCAGGUUGCGCUCUACAACAGUUUACUCUUUUGUGGAACUUGACACGCCUGAAGACAAUUUUGUAUACAUUUGUACAAUGUUAUUAAAGAAGACGAGAAAAAAAAGAUAAAAAAAAACAAUGUUUGUAAUGAAUUCAGAUGUGUUAACUCCUGUGCAAAAUACAAAUAUAUUCACAAUAAAGGUUUAUUGUUAUUAAACUUUA